CUGUGGAGUCAGAGGAGGAGGUUUCUGUCAGCAGAAGCGUUAUCAAACCUCAUGCUUUAUGGAAAACAACACUUUAGGUCCAAGCAUGCUGCUCCUGGAGGGGUUAAAGGUCACCCCCCAGUCCUCUAUCCCAGCCUUCGUCCUCCUCCUCCUCAUCUACGUCUUCGUGAUGCUGUCAAACAUUGGCCUGAUGACCAUGAUCACCCUGGAGAGGAGCCUCCAUCAGCCUAUGUUCCUGCUGUUCUGCAACAUGGGCGCCAACGACGCGCUGGGAGCCACGGCCAUCGUCCCUCGCCUGCUGAGCGACGUCUUCACGCCGACCUCACGCAGGUACAUCCAUUACAGCAGCUGCGCCCUGCAGGCGUUCUGCGCUCACGUCCACGCCAGUGCUGCCCACACCGUGCUCAUGAUCAUGGCCUUCGACCGCUACGUGGCCAUCUGCAACCCGCUGCGCUACCCGACCAUCAUGACCAACAGGACGGUGGUGAAGCUGUCGGUGUCGGCCUGGGCCGUGGCCGUGGUGAUGGUGGUGGUCCUCGUGGGCCUCAGCGUGCGGCUGUCCCAGUGCAGGGCGGUCAUAUUCAACCCGUUCUGUGACAACGCCUCGCUGUUCAAACUGUCCUGUGAGGACGUCGUCAUCAACAACAUCUACGGCCUCGCGUACACGGUGGUUCUGUUGGGCUCCUCGCUCGGCAGCAUCGUACUCACCUACCUGAGGAUCGCCAUGGUGUGUCUCACCAACAGGAGCCGGAGUAAGAACAGCCGGGCCCUGCAGACCUGUGCCACUCACCUCAUCCUCUACAUCAUCAUGUUUGCAUCAGGAGGCGCCAUCGUACUUCUUCACCGUUUUCCCGACUUAUCGGAUCAGAGGAAGUGGGCCUCUAUCUUGUUCCAUGUGGUUCCUCCCGCUAUGAACGCCAUCAUCUACGGACUGCAGAUCAAAGCUGUCCGCCAGAAGAUUUUCAUCAUGUUUACCAAGAAUACGGUGGCAGAUGGGAAAUGAUAGAAUAAGAACUAUUGCAUGUAAAUAACCUCUGAAUGGUCCAGACUCUGAAACAUCUCUGUUAAUAAUCACAAUUGGACUGCUAAGAUUCACUUUUAAUCCCUAAAUAAUAAUAGCAAAGCAUGUUCAUGCAUUUCCUUAGAGUUUAACCUGAUGUGACAGCAUCCAGACCUGCAGUUUAUUCACACAUUUGGAGACUUUAGUUUUUUAAAUAGCGAUUAAUCAAGAAGAGAAAUGUCCUCAUAAUAAGUAUUACAGGAUAAUAUUACAUUAUGAUAAUCGUCUUUAUUCGUCGUUGCAACAUGAAUUCCAAUGAAUCUUGUCCUCGCGGUGGGGGACCGCUCUGCGACCUGGAGGGGGACAUGGUGACUUAAAGAGACGGCACCCAAAUGAGUUGCUCUCAGACGCAGCUCAGAAAGGGGAGAACGAGGGGCUGUGGGGGUAAAUUAACGUGAAAUUCAGACCAAAGCUUUGCAUUUCCACUUUAUAUAGACAACUGAAUGAUUUCAGUGUAAAAAUGAAGACAUUACAAAGCAUGAUACGUCCCGUUAAAUCCUGCACUGCCAGUUGUUCUGCAGGACUCUCCUGUGGAGGACUGAGGAACUGACCGACAGGAUCACGCUACCGGUUUGGAUUCUGAUAAGGUUAGAUGCUUUUCAUGUGAGCCUUUCUGUCGUCAUUGACUCUUUCACUAACCCGUCUCCUCCCUUCUCAGAGGUUCUUGCUCAGACCGCCAGAGAUUUCCUGAUUCUCACCACCCUGUUUGUAAAAAGGAGCGCUACCGCAGGUCAUUCAUCCCUGCUGCCAUCAGACUUUACAAUGCUGCACUAUAACUGUAAUAACUUGUGCAAUUACUAUUUAACACACUGUGCAAUAACCUGUUCAAUAAUCCUGUAAAAUAAGUGACUUCAGCUAUAAGAGUUAUCUCACUACCUCACUGUUGUUUUUUACCUGGUACCACUUUAAUGUAUGUCAAUUCCACAUGUAUAAAAGUCACCUUAGAUCUCUUAUUUCUUUUUUUUCCCAAUCUGCUGUAUAUAUGUGGGCGCACUGUAUAUACAUUACCUGAUGCACCUUAUCCUCCUUUCGGCACCUUCACUGAUUUUAAGAGCGUGAUUAUAA